GGUUAUUAAUACGGGAAAACUACACACUAACCUCACCGGAAAAUCUCGUCGAGACCAGCAUUUGUGCCAUUAAAAUCGAGGAAACUAACCUUUAAAGGACCCACAGAGAGCUAUGGCUGAGGCACGCAGUGCUGCCGCGCUUUCUUUUGCCGUGACCCACGAUGGAGUCUCGGUGAGCUACGAUCAGGAGCUGCUCCGCGAUAUUUGGCACGGAAUCAGUCGUUCGUAUAAACGACGUACCGGACGAUUCCGCAAUGAUUUCAUGAAUGGGAUGUUCCCGGCAAACUCGUGGACGCUGGGUCUCGUUGUGGGAGCGGUCGCCGUUUUUUCGGUCAUCAAACACGACUUGUCGUUCGGCAUUUUUCCAUUUAUUCAGAAUUAUAUUGUGCAUUAUAUUUUUGGUGAUGGCUACCUCGGUCAAAGUAUCUCAAUCGCCGUGGCCGGUGCUCUUCUUUGGCUGAUCUUUGUGCAACUUCUUCGUCUGAGCAUCAAAACUCUUCUGGAAUACAAGGGAUGGAUGUACGAAUCGCCCGGAAAACCAGUGUCAAAAGCCACAAAAUUGUGGCUCGGCGUGCUCCAUAUCAUCUCGAAAGCCGGUCCAAUGCUCCAUUCGUUCCAGGGCGCCCUGCCACGUCUUCCGUUGCCGAAUCUUGAUGAUACCGUUAGAAAGCAUCUCCUCUCGAUGAAGCCGAUCCUAAGCGAUGAAGAAUUCCAGGAGCUUGAAUUCCUAUCAGAACGUUUCCGUAAAGGAGUCGGCCGACGCCUUCAGAGAUAUCUCACCCUUAAAUCGUGGUUCUCAUCCAACUACGUCACCGAUUGGUGGGAGGAGUUUGUCUACAUGCGGCAGCGAUCGCCGAUUAUGAUCAAUUCCAACUAUUACGGAUUCGACACACUCAACGAGCAUCCAACACAGAAUCAAGCAUCCCGUGCCGCCAAUCUCACCUACACAUCCCUCCAAUUCCGUAGAAUGGUUGAUCGUCAAGAGGUCUCGCCGUUCUCGAUUUCCCCGCGGACAAAGGUUCCAUUCUGUACAAUGCAGUACGAGAGGCUUUUCAAUACGUGCAGAGUACCAGGAGAAGAAGUAGAUCGGCUUUUGCAUUGGGAUGAUGCUAAACAUAUUGCAGUCUAUUGUCGUGGAGUCUGGUUUAAGCUUAUUGUUCAUAAUGGAAAAAGACUCCUGGAAGCAUGCGAGCUUCAAGUACAAUACGACGCAAUCCUUGCUCACACCCAUGAGCCAUCGGAAGGCGAGAUGCACUUAGCAUCCCUGACAGCCGGAGAACGAGCCGAUUGGGCUAAAACUCGUCGUGCUCACUUCAGAAGUGGAGUUAACAAGACAAGCUUGAACGAUAUCGAAAGAGCCGCAUUCGUAGUGAUUCUUGACGACGAGGAGACCCACUACGAUCCACAGGAUCCAUCGAAGCUUGACCAUUGGGCUCACAAUUUGUUGCACGGAAAGGCUCACGAUCGUUGGUUCGACAAGUCGUUCAAUCUGAUCAUCUCGAAGAAUGGACACGUCGGAAUUAACACUGAACAUUCGUGGGGUGACGCUGCUGUGAUGGCUCAUUUCACUGAAUGGAGCUUGCUUCAGGAUAUUGUAUUUAUUGGUUAUGAUGAGAACGGGCGGUGCAAGGGAGAACCCAAGGAGAAGCUUACACCGGAACGACUGAAGUGGGAGAUCCCAGCGCCUGCACUGGAUCAGAUUCGGAAGUCGAUGGAGGUGGCCAACGCGUUGAUUGCCGAUGUUGAGAUGUCUUUGUUGGUUUGGACGGAUUAUGGAAAAGGAUUCGCGAAGAAGUUGAAGGUUUCACCGGAUGCUUUCUUGCAGAUGACACUUCAAUAUACCUAUUUUAAGAAUCAAAAUAAAUUCUCGCUGACCUACGAAGCCUCAAUGACCCGUCUCUUCCGUGAAGGACGUACCGAAACUGUCCGUUCCUGCACUGUCCAAUCCUCGGAUUUCGUUCGUUCAAUGCUCGACGCCUCGAAGACGCCUCAAGAUCGCCUCCAACUCCUCCGUAAAGCAUGCGACAAGCAUCAGGAGCUGUACCGAGACGCGAUGUGUGGACAAGGAGUCGAUCGUCAUCUCUUCGCUCUCUACGUUAUCAAGAGAUAUUUGGAAGAGGAAUCCCCGUUUUUCGAUAAUAUCUUCCCACCGACAUACUUGCUCUCAACUUCCCAGACUCCGAUGAAUCAGUGCGAAGCUGAUGCCAAGGGACUUUCCAACGAAGUUCGCUUGAGAUUGAUCACUGCCGGAGGUGGAUUCGGUCCGGUGGCUGAUCGGGGUUACGGUGUCUCUUAUAUUGUUGCAGGGGAAGAUACUCUGUCUUUCCAUAUCUCUAGCAAGAGAUCUGCCGAUAAUACGAGCUCCCGUGAAUUCCGUGAAGAGCUCAAGCGCUCGCUCAACGACAUGAAGAAGCUCGCCGAGGCGAUUGAGGCGCCGAAGAAAAAGCAAUAAGUGCUCCGUCUGAAUUUAUUUUUUUAAAAAAUGUUUUUUUUUGGUUUUCCCGGCCAUUUUUAACCCGCAAUUUUUCCCUUUUGUUGUCUCCUUUUCACACACACACUUCGUGUACAUUAUACGUCCUUCUGAAAAAUGCUCAUUUUUAUUGGAUUUUUUUCCCUCAAAAAACUUGUCUGACUGGUAACAAAAUGUAAUUGUAAAUACUAACAAAAAUUUGUUUUUCCGAAAAAAAAAAGGAAAUUUCCAUGUAUUUCCCCCAACCCUUUCCACUUUGUAUGUCGAAGCCCUCAGCAUAAUGCGUUUUUUUAUUUCUUUUCGACUAUAAAAUCAUUGUGAUUUUUAAAGAAAA